AUGGUGAAGUUUCGACACAGAAUUCACUCGAAUAAAGGAACGAAGUUGACCCCUGGACAUAUCAACGACAGCAAUCCUGCAAGAAAAAAACACCGCAAUGCAGCGAAUGCAGCCCGAAAAGCCGAAUUGGUACCACUUGUACCUGUGGAUGAAAUGCUACCCAUUGAUUCAGUCGAUGAUCAAGUGCUAGAACAGUUAAACAUGGACAGCAUGUCUUUGGCUGGAGAACGCACGUCAGGCACGGGCAACAAGAAAAUGAUGUCAUCUGCUGCAUCAAUGGUUUCUGAAGGAGGUUUUUCUCAAGUUUCACGUUUUACAACAUUCACUGCUUGCACAAAUCCGACAUUUGAUGUGGUUCACAGGCUUUGGAAAUCGGGUUCUUCACUCCAGAAAGAAGUUUUGGCUGUUUUGUCGGCUGGUGCAGAAAUUAUCAAACAGCAUUCUGGAACCGAAACUGACGUGGAGUAUUAUGCCGUGUUUUUAACAACUCUGGAAUCAACGUCGGCUGAGGACGUUCCACGUGCUGCAGCUGCUGCCUUUCUUUUACAUCUUAUUGUGAAAAAGGUUUCCAAAGAAGUGUUACAACGACAAUUCAGCCGUUCGAUUAAAAUUCUUGCUGAUGCGUUAAUGUUGUAUUCGGAUAGUGAUGAUGGUGGAGCCGUUCUGAAAUAUUUGUUGGCAACGCUCGGUGUGGUUUUACGAGCCCAACCCUCAGUAGUUUGGGGCAAUAGUGAAAAUCGAAACAUUAUUCUGCUAAUUGCCUCAUUAUGUGCACAUGAAAAGCCGCGUGUCCGAACAAUGGCAAGAAAAGUUGUCAGAACUGUUUUGACUGACCCUGUGACUUCAUUGGAAAAUGGUCUUCAUGCAGCCGCUGGAACAAUUGGCGAGUACAUUGAUGAACAACUUUGCCUUUCUCUUGAGGAAAAGACCUCUUCAACGGAUGUGACACGCUAUUUGUGUCUACUCGAGGGAAUUAUGCACAAAAUGCCAGUUUCAAUUUUUCAACGACUUGCAACGAAUAUAUUAAAAGGACUUAUAGCGGCCGAUUCUCAAGUGAAAUGUGCUGGAUUACAAUGCUUGCAUCGUGCAUUACAAAAUCAACCGAGCGAUGCUGCCUUGUCGCCUGAAACAAAUAAACUUUUGAUCAUCUCUUUGAGGAAAUUAGCUCCAUCCCCUUCUGAAGUGGCUGUGUGUGCCUACUGGAUUCAGGCACUCGUGGAGGCUCAUGUGUGUCUUUCAUAUAAAAUGAAAUCAGAGUCAAUUCUGAUGUUGCCAGAAACCAUGGAACUAAUUACACCCUUUUUUCAAGUUGGAAAUGAUGAGCUGUGCCGAGUUGUUGUACAGGUUCUUUCUCGACUAGUUGAACAAUGUAUCCAAGAAGAGGAAAUGCCGGCCCGGAAGCUUCUUUCAUUGCUCGAAUCAUCGCUAACAGGAUUUUCUGCUAUUGUUUGGAAACACAUCUUCAAAACGAUGACCUUCUUGUUUCAAAUUUCUGGCUCGGCACUUUUGUCAGACGAGUUUGUGAAGGCACUACGCACGAUGGCUCGUUUAAGAGAAGAAGACUCUUGUUUCUGUAAACAGGAAAUCGAUUUUACCAUUGGUGCUGCCGUUCGGUAUGUCGGAGUUCAACAUGUGUUAAACGUUCUAUCACUUCAAAUUGAUCCCGAUGCUCCUGUUCUACCGACUGAUUUCCGACGAUCAUGGUUGUUGCCUAUUUUCCGUGUAAACAUUCGCAAUGCGCCGUUGUCACUUUUCAUUAAAUAUUUCCUUGCGUUGGCCUCCAAGCUAAAUAAACGCAUGACAGAUGAUGUAAAUAAGAUUAUUUCUCGUGCAUACUCUAUUGUACAAUCACAACUCUGGGAUUUAUUGCCAUCAUUCUUGGCUUCUGCUUCCGACUUUGAAGAGAGCUUUCCUCAACUUGCAAAAGUUCUUGGUGUAGCGCUGACAGAGCGAGUUGAUUUAAGGCUAAUUAUUUUGACGGGACUUCGAGCAGCGCUUCGGUUUGCACUAGCCCCAGAUGCACCAAUUUCAAGAAGAGAAACAAUGGCUCGUUACGCGGAGAAUUAUCUACCAAUCUUAUUUAAUCUCUACGUGAAUGAUGGUGACAAUGAUAUGAGUUCGGCUAAUUGUGGAAUCCGAUUGUCGACUUUAAGUGCAAUUGGGCUAUAUGUGGAAAUAAGUCAGAAAGAGAUUUUGUCAACAUACACCGAAAAAGCCAUUGAGCGUUUAAAGGGAUGCGAAGCAACAAAAACAGACGUAGAGGAUAAAUGGCGAAACAAUAAUACGCGAAAAAGAAUAGCUGAUAUCCUUAUUGCGUUCGUUAAAGCUGUAACGCCUGCUGAUGUACAAAAGAUUUUCUCUACAAUGCUACCCUUUUUCAAUCAACCAAGUGAUUAUUCAAUGCAAAAGAAGGCGUACCGAAUCUUGGGAGAAGUGCUGAAGAAAAGCAAUGAACCAGAAAUUGCUGACCUCUUCCAAGGAACUCAAGGACCAUUGUAUGAAAUUCUGCUCAAGUCGUAUGAUGAAAUCUCAGCUCCUGCUCGUGCCGCUCACCAAGAAGCCGUUCUUUUUGUGGUUUACUCUUUGGAUACAUAUGAAGAGUUAAAAGAAUUCUGUUUGAAGGCGAUUGAUUUGACGAUUCUAUGUUUGGAAAAAGCCAACUCGAUGCCUUGUCGUGAGGGAGCAUCAAACACUUUUCAAGCGAUGUGCACGCGUUUGAUUGAAAAGGGCUCAGAAGUGGGACAAACGCCUUCCGAGAUUUUGUAUCCAAUUUUCACCAGAAUAUUUGAAAUGAACACACCGAAAGCCAACGGAAAAGAGAUUCGUCUCGAGAUUUCACGUGCAUGUUUGGUGGCACUAAACAUUUUGGCCCAAAAACAUGUCAAGGUUUUGAAUGCUUCUCAUUUGUCUCGUCUCAUCUCUCAAGGAUGCUCAACGCUUGCUGAGACAAGACCAACUAUUCGUGUGUUGGGCAUUCGACUGAUUCGAGUUCUCGUGAAUAAGAUGCCCGAAUUCGCCCUACAACAAUAUCGGGACAUAAUCCUUCAAGGCUUUUUUGACCAGAGUGCCGGUGAUGAUGUGACCUCACAGGUACGAAAAGCAAAUCGUAUCCUCCUUGAAUCGUUUGUUGAUCAUUUUGGAGAGAAUGCGCUCGAAAAGUACACUGAUAAAGUUGAAUGGCUCAAGCAAAUCAGAAAUAUUGUGAAAACGAAGCGAAGAAAGGCGAGAAAGGCUGCAGGACUAGCUAAUGAAGAGGGAGAGGAAAAUGACGAUGAUGAUGGUGUUUCUGUGGCAGGAUCGCGUGCAUCGGCUCGCACAGCUGGAGCUGAUACCAUUCUUCAUUUACUUGACGACAGUGAUGAUGAAGAGGAAAACGAAGAGGAAGAAGAUAAACGAUCACAAGUCAAGAGCGUUUGGUUGAAAGAAGACGAGGGUGAUGUUCACGAUCUACUGGAUAGAAACAUGCUUCUUGAUAAGGUUUCGACGAUCAAUCCCACAUUGUUAGCCAAACGAGAAGCCCGUUUAACUGAGCGCAAGAAAAAAAACUAUGGGUUUGCUGUCACAAAAGACGGAAAAUUGAUUAUCGACGAUGAUGAAGAAGAAGAGAAAGCCUCGAAACGAAAGAAAAAAUCUGAUGAUAAUGACGACCUCUCGGAUUUGCUGGGAGAUAAGAAAGGAAAGAAAGGGGCUGCUCGAGAAGAGAAAGAUGAUUACGAUGAAGAAGAGGAAGACAAAAAGAGCCGUGUUUCCUCAACUUCUCGAAUGACAACAGGCACCAGCAAGAGCUUUGCCUCUAGGUAUAAACCAGGUGGAACGGGCAUUCAUCGUGAUCUUUCGAGGCCGAUUGCUACGCCAAAACGUAAGGGGAAAGCUGGAGGAGAUUCGAUUCGAAAAACGCAGCCUAUGGAACCGUACGCUUAUGUGCCAUUGAAACAGCUAAAGAAGAAAAAUCGGGGUGGAAGUCAAGUAAAUCAGGAAAUUCGUCAAGUGAUUGGAAAGAGGAAAAAGCCGCUC